AGUAUGAGGGUCAGUGACCCGGAAGCACAAACUCGACAAACAUGGCGUCUCGCUGCAAGCUGCCCUUGCUGUUCCCUAAAAGCCUGUUUAAGAACCUGCGGUUUGUCCACACUGAGGCUGCCGUAACGCAGCCUUCGUAUCCGCCUGUAGUCGCUUCCCUUACCGCUAAGAGCAAGUCCGCCAGGCUGCGACAGAUCGAUGAGCAGAUUCAAAAGAUAUGCGCCUCUCCGGUGGAGGAGAAACUGUCGCUCAUCACCCGCAUCCAGCGGCAGAAAUUUGUGGUAUAUCCCCAGACGUUCGCUCGGAACGCGGAUCGAUGGUACCAACACUUCACCAAGACGGCGUACAUCCCAGGUUUACCCGAGAAGUUCUCUGUGGACAGCGGGGAGGGGAGCUCUCCAUCACCCGCGGAUCAAACCGAGAUCACUGGCAUUGACGGUGAUGCGUUUGCGGAGAUCCGCGCCCUGGUCACCCGUGUGAUCCUCCAGGAACACUGCCACAUGAAUAAGAAACGCAAACCUUACGUUUACAAACAUCAGGAGCAACAGAUGGGACCUUUUCUAAAAAAUCUGGUGGCUGAACUCACAUACAGUUUGGCCAAGUAUAACCCGCUGCUCCUAUCCUCCAGUCUCGACUUCAGUCCACAGGUGAAUUUUUACUGGCGUAGAGGGCAGAGGAUUAUACCAAAGGGGCACCGUAAGGGGCGGCUGGAACCAUUCCGGUUUCAGAUUGACGACAGCCCUCACAGUCAGAUCCGGAUAACUCAGCAACUACCACAGUUUAAUCCAAUGGAGGCGUCUUACACGGCUGACGUUCCCUUGGUUCCUCUCGCUCCAAACCUGAUGCCCCUCUUCAGGAGACAGUAUGACAACCACAUCUUCACAGGCGCAAAGCUGCCCGACCCAGCAUGCUACGGUCACACCCAGUUCCAUUUGGUACCCGACCGGUACCACAGAGACCGGAUGGUGAAGCAGCAGCAGUCUGAUCAGGUGGAGGUUUUCCUGAGAGCCAACGCCCUCGCCAGCCUUUUCUCCUGGACUGGAGCUCAGGCUGCGUACCAGGCUUUCUGGAGCCACGAGGACGUGUGCAGACCCUUUGUGUCGCAGGCUGUGAUCACAGACGGUCACUUCUUUUCCUUCUUCUGCUACCAGCUGAACACUUUGGCUCUCUCUGUGGAAACAGACGCUAACAACCCCAGAAAGAACCUUCUGUGGGGCAGCCAAAGCCAGCAGCUGUUCCAGACUGUGCAGGACGGAGAGGUGCUGGGUCUGAACGACGGCGUCAUCAAGCUUCUGGUUCAGUUCCUCAUGAACCGGCCGUAGAGUCCAGUAAAAUCUGUUCUGAAGGUUUGGUUUUUCAUGGCUGUUAAACAAUGAAAAGGUUUAAAGUUGAAGUUUAUUUUGAAAACCAGAAAAUGAUCCAUGGCUGCUGUCUUCUGCCCUCUGGCGGCAGCACGAUGUACUACAUCAAAGAGGAGGGAGAGAAUUUUCAAAUUAAAAGAACAAUUUCCAGAUUGUAUUAAUAAAAAAACGAAUUCAGAUAAA